AUGGAAAACGACGACCGAGCAGUCACAGCUCAUUUUUAUCUAGUUCUCAACAACUUAGUUCGUACAAUUGAUACUCUCCAAUCUGAAUUUUCGUCACGAACCCCUACAACUCACGAGCAAUGGCAUUCAUCUCUGCUUCGAGCAAUGGAAGAAGGCAAUCGACAAAGAUUUUUCGACCAAUGGGAACGAUACAUCCCAGAUGUCUGCAAAACAGGGGAAUAUGAAAAGCUUGAAUUUUUUUCUCACAUUUAUUUCACGGUUUUGCCUUUAAUCCAUGGAAAGCGGGAUAUUUUUACCAAUGAAAUGAGGAUUUUCAAAGAUUUCCUCAAUACAAAAGGGGCAGAUUUUUGCAAGACGACAGAGUUUUUACCGUUUUAUGCACUUCCACAUAUUCCAAAUCCUUUAAAUCAUCCGACUUUUAAGAAAUAUUUCAACCAAGCAUGAUGCAAUCAGCUAUUGGGAAAAGUGCAGGGUUAUUUAAAAGAGCUUGCAACAAGAUUUUCUCUGCCUAAAGAACAAAGCUCAGAAGCUUCUAACUUUUACCCUUAUUAUGCAUCAAAACCUUGCUCGCUUACUAAUGUAUUUAAAUUAUUUUUUAAAAAUCCGAUUUUAAAUACUUAAUAGUAAAAUCUAAUUUAAUAAUUAACCGAAGAGCUCCUUAAUGCAAUCAUAAUUACUAAAAAAAUGGUGAUAAAAAAUGGAUUAGCUCUCUAACUAAGGGUGCAGGAGUAAGCAAGAAAUGGCUAAAGCAAGACAUAGAGAAGAGUAUUUAAGGUCAGCUUUAAUAGAGAGCAACACAAAAUGGACAAAUUUUGCCUUUACUCUGCUUGGAAUAUCUAAACAGCUAUUAGCACACAUUGGAGGGCUCGGAGAAGCUAAUUUGCCAUUAGUCAGGAAAAAGGUGUCAGAAUAUGAAAAAUUCUUAAUGAGUUCAGAAGAUUCAGUCAGCAAUGCUAGCUCUUUUCUUCCCGUUUCUCAAAAAGAGCAUUUAGCAAAUUUAAACUAUCAGAUUGUGAAACGAGACCUUUUUAAUUUGCAAGAUGAAAUAAAGGCUUGUGCUUUAUUUCAAGCGUUGAGAUGGAGGCUAACUAGGACACCUGCAUCAGUUAGAAGAGCGGUUUUGGAUGAAUAUGUAAGAGAAGAUAUUCUUAAAAUGGCUGAUUCUGGACUAUCUAUUUUACUGCAAAGAGGAAACCCAAGAGUGAUUGAUUAUGCUUGCAAGCUUGCAAAUGUGAUGGCAAGCGAAAUUCAAGGGAGGAGCUACCUUUUAGCUGAUUCUCAGUUGAUACCUACUUUAGUCUCAAUAUUAAGAAAAGAAACUCAAGACACUGUUUUAAGGCAAAACACAAUCGGAAUCCUACAGAAACUGUCCUUAAGAAGAAGGCCACAGAGUGUGAUGAUUGAGUAUAAAGUCAUAGAAUGGCUUAUAAGCAUCCUAGAGUCACCUCAAAAUUUAAGUGAAUAUACCUUAGAAUACAGUUCAGCCUUAUUAAUGAACCUUUCUUUGCGUACAGCUGGCAAGAAUGUCUGUGAAAAGCUUGACGUCUUACCUCUCCUUGGCACUUUAAUGGAGCAUGAAAACCCUAAUGUAAGAACUUAUAUCAAUGGAACCCUUUAUUCAAUAUUCACAAGACAAACUUUGAAAAGAAAAGCUAGAGAAAUGGGGUUUGAGCAACAUCUAGAAAAACUCUAUAAUAGUUCAGAAGAAGCUUUCAAAAAACAAAUUUACUUCGUAUUGGAACAGCUCAGAUGUGAGUAUGAAGACAGCUGCUAUUCAGAUGAAGAGCAAGAUGAAGAGGAGCCUUCUUUGAACCCGGAUGAAGAAAGUGAGCAGAUUUCUGAUGAUGAAGACAUGGACGAUUUACUUGAUGCAUCAGGGCUACUUGGAGAGGAGUUGCUGAGGCAGUAUCAGACAAAUCCUACAGAAGAGUCAAUAUCAAGAACAUCAUUUUAUCAGAGGGCUCAGCAAAAUUCAAACUCAACCAGUGUAAGAGCUUCGUUUAUGGACAUUGACCCAAAUAAAUCAAGUCCUCAAGAUUUCAAUGAAAUAGUGCACGCAUUCAAGCCCAGGAGUAAAAUUCCUCGAACGCCUGUCCAUCAGAAUUAA